CUGUCCUCGAGCAAGUUGCAACCGUUUAAUGGUCAAGCCUGGCACGAUUACCUAUAUGGUGACAGUGCUGAGUGACGCAGAGUAGCUCAGCACAAGUCCGCCAUUCUCUUUCUCAAAACUUAGGAGGUUUGGAUUCUCAAACCUCAAGCCCUUCACGGCUGUCCCCCUUUCUAAGUAUGUAGAGCUGCUUCAGGCAAAGGGCGCACGCAUGGCUUUUACAUCCGGCUAUCCCGCCAAGCCACGGCCAUAUGCAUCUCUGCUUGUAGCAUGCUUGUUCCUUGUUGUUGUUGUUCUCAUCAUCACUUUGUAUUCUGCUGCACAGUGCUCUUUCCUUUUCCGGCGAGGGCUGACCUGUACCCCCCCUGAAACACCCACAGUCCAAGGAACAAAGGUCUAUGCAAGGUCAGAUGCGGAAUAUGUGGCGGGAUGCGCCAGGGACUGGCGAGGUCACCUCAGAACAAAGUCAGCGCCUCUGGACUCCCAGUGGCUAGCGCUUCAUGAAACUGCUGCUGACGUCACUCUUUUGGGGCCUGAUGGGACGCCCGUUCCGCUGGAGAAAGUGGGCACUCUGCAGCUGCUCAAUAACACCGCGUACAAGUUUGAGGCCCAGCACUCAGGCGCGUACAAGCUGCUGGUGUCAAAUGAGCCGGUGUCAGAGUUUGCGCUGCACCCCUCUGACUGCUACUGCCCAACAGGGUUCGCCCAGUUUUUGGACCGCUACGAAUGCACGGCGGAGAUGGGGGAGCACGUGCGGGAAAUGAUGGCGCGCUGGCGGCCCGGGUCAAUCACGCGCGAGAUGCUGGCGUACCCGAUUGACGUCCAGCUCUCCACACACUCUUACAUCCUCCAGUUUGCGAUCAUCAACAACAAGCUGUACUGCAAAUUACAGGACGGGCAAAAUUGCCCCCUGCCCACUGAGGGGUUUUGGUUUGUUGGCUUGGACCCGCAGAUAAGAUUGAUCCAGGCGAUCUUGCGCAAGACCAGGAUUCCCGACAUGCUCUUCUUCUGGAACCAGGCGGACAACCCGAUGCUGCACCAUUACGCAAUGCAGCCCAUAUUCUCUCCGUCGUCGGCCGAAUGGUUUGCAGACCUGCUGUUUCCAGUGUUCAACAUGAUCACGGACAAGUUUGACGGGAAUGACGUCACUUCGGCCGCCACCGCCACGCCAUGGGAGGAGCGCCGCGAUGUCGCGUACUUCGUGGGGCAUCUUACGGGGCAGCCGCAAACGCAAGCCUACGGAUCGCACCUCAUAAACCCGCGCCUGCGCGCAGCAGAGAUCGCUCUUGAACGGCCUGACCUCCUGGACGUUAGUGUCACCGUCUCCGAGGACCAAGGCAAGGAUCACCCCGAGUACAUCAAGGAGUUGCUGGAUCGGGGAGUUGUUCAAAAGGAGUACAAGCAGGAUCAAAGGGGUGCCGCGAAAUACGUCAUCGACCUGCCGGGAAAUUCGGCGGCUUGGCGAUUAGGGAGCCGAUUGGGGGAUGGCGCGGUCACUCUCAAGAGCCUAACAGCCUGGAACGAAUUCUGGCACUACCUGUUGGAGCCUGGCAAGAACAUACUAAUGAUUGGGGAGUGGCCCGACGAUCUCGUCGAGAAAGUCGAGGCGGCAAAGAAACACGACUCCGAGAUGCGGUGCGUCGCACGCGCCGCUCAAGUGGUCGCUUUCACACGGCUCCGGCAAGAAGAUCUCCUAUGUUGGACCGCCCUCAAUCUGCACCACUUGUCAACUAAGUACGCUUUUACGCCCAACCUUACAAUUUCCGAGUGGCAUGAGAUUCCGGUGGAGCAUAGAGACCCCGAGAAGUGCCGUUGCACGACGUAAGGUAUUGCAGCGAUGGCGCUUGAUCCUGGCCGUUGAAGGUGUAACGCAAACGGUUCCGCCCCUGGUAUGGAGCCAACUCUUGCGGGUCCCUAUCAUUGGGACUCGCAGCUAGACAGCACAAGCAGAGUAGGACUGUGUAGAAACUAGACAAGAAAAGCUACAGAGCACGACGGUUAUCGAACAAUCACGAGGUAGACAUGCACGCGAUCGCUUGUGUUUCAGUUACUAAAUGGAGUGAAUGCCCACUUUGCGUGGCGAUUGUGUAAUUGGGGAGAGAAUAGGCGUUUGGUCCUUCAGUAGCUACGGCACAAUAUAAAGGUAACGCUGUCCGCUGCAGAGGGCUCGCUGCGCUUGCGCGGGGCCAGAGUCGGGUGCACCUUCAAGAGAGAUCCAAUUGGUGAAAGUUAGAGUGUGGGCUGCAUUCAACGUGCAUUAAAUGCAAGAUCUGAAAGAACGUCUUAGUGCGGCGUUUUAGUCAUAGCCUGAGAGAUUCUAACUCGCUUCUUGGAGAGCGUCCAAUCUGAAAUGCUUCAUUAGUAGUAGCAAGAGACACAGAUACCAGAGCGUUUGCGUAGAAUAUUUCUGCAAGAGGCGUAGAUACCAGAGCGUUUGCGUACAAUAUUUCUGCAAGAGGCAAUGAUAGAUACCAGAGCGUUUGCGUAGAUCAGUGACCAAGGUCCCUUAAGGCAGGCGCUUUCUCAACAUUCAGAUCAGAUGCAAGCGGCCGGUCCAACCCAAGUGCGUU